UUGAUUUGCACUCAGCAGCAAGCUGUCCCCAAAGCUGGUUUGGUUUUAUUCUAAGUCGAUUGUGCUAUUUCAAGAAUUAUUUGUAGAAGGAGCGUAAAACUAUGGCUUUCUGUCUGAUCCUUUCGUUUAGUUUAGUGUUUUAUGGAACUGUCCUAGGACAACAUCUUGGGGGGGUAUGUCAAACCUCCAACGCUAACUCUGGUACUUGCAAACUCGCUACGGAUUGUCCCGCCGUAAUAUCGAAUAUUCGCCAGAAAGACCAAUAUGUCCGAUGUGGAUUUGACGGGAAAGAAGAAGUGGUUUGUUGUCCAGAUGAAUCAGCGGGAAAGGUCGAAAACUCUACUAUUAGUCAACGCAAAUGCAGAGAAUACGCUGAGUUUGUCUUUGAAUAUCACACCAGACCACUGUCCACUACCAGCCAAACUGAGAGGAUCAAAGUAGAUGGAUGUGGCAAUGACAAAGUGCUUCUUAUACCAGUGGGCGACCACGCCUUCCCGCGAGAAUUUCCUCACAUGGCCCUGCUUGGGUACGAAGAUGAUAACAAUAUUGCUUGGUUGUGCAGCGGAUCGUUGAUUAGUGACCAAUAUGUGUUGACUGCAGCUCACUGUUUACAUAGUCCUUUACAGUCUCAACCAAAAUACGUCCUCCUGGGUGAAGUAGACCUUGAAUCAGAAAAUGAAGAUGAAACAUCGUCAAGAGAACAUGCAAAAGCGGAAAGAUUUGGAAUAUCCAAGUUAUUUGCUCAUCCUGAUUACAAAUAUCCUUCAGUGUAUAACGAUAUCGGCCCAAUAAAGCUGGAUAAGAAGGUGAAACUUAGUCCAGACAUUCGACCGGCGUGCUUACCAACAGUUUUCGAAGAACCCGACAAAAGAGCAAUCCUGUUGGGGUGGGGUCUCGCAGAUCGAAUGAGACCAGGACCACAACGUUUGAUGAAGCAAAUCCUUGAAAAAUUUAGCCACGAAGAAUGCAAUUCGACGUACAGUAGUCGAAUCAAUCGUCGCAUGCCUGAAGGUAUUCGUGAUCAAACGCAAAUUUGUUACGGUUCAAGAAUUAUGACCAAAGGUGGAUGCAUUAGUGAAAGUGGCAGUCCGCUGCAGGUUUAUCAUAAGGAUAUAUAUUGUAUGCAGACCAUAAUUGGAGUCACUUCGUUUGGGGCUCCGUGUAAUACGCAGAAUCUCCCUGAAGUCCAUAGUCGAGUCUAUUCGUACCUAGAUUGGAUUGAGAAGACUGUCUGGGGAGAGCGGUGAUUUUGUAAAAUUGCGGCAAAGUUGUGGAUAAUAAAGACGAAACGCUCUACAU